AAAUAGUGUUCAUAAGAAACCAAGAUGUCUUAAAAAAACAGUUCCUGCUGUAAAGAAUUUAUAAAACAUUUAAACCAGGCACAACUAUAACACCUACAUGUAAUGUGUUUUUAUAUUGGGCAGAAGUCAGUGAUUGGGAAAACAACCACUGCAGGAAUGUCCUUUUAUUGUAUAAAGGCUACAACCAGUAUUAUUUUAGUUACACCUGCAGCUCGAUUUGCGUAAUAGUGGCCUGAGAUUUGCACUGUUGGAGAACCAGAAUCCAGUUUGGCAGGGUCCUGCUACUGGGCUUUAGGUCCUCAUAUGACUUUCAACAGUCUCUAAGGCUCUGCUUGAACAUUUACCUCAGAGCCAUGGAGGCCAUAUAUGAAGUAGAGGUGACCACAGGCUCCAUGACCCACGCAGGAACUUUUGACAAAAUAUUCAUUACACUAAUUGGCACACAAGGACAGAGUGAGCGGACCAAGCUUGACAGCUAUGGAAGAGAUUUUAAGACUGGGAUGAAAGUAAAGUACAAAGUGACAACAAGGUUCACCCUUGGCAACCUGCUGCUGAUCAGACUUGAGAAAGAUAAUUUCAUAUUCUUGCCCGAGAAUGACUGGUUCUGCUCUCUUUUAAAAGUAAGAACCCCCGAGAAGGAUGUGAUCUAUUUCCCAUGCUAUCGCUGGAUGGGAGAGGGGGAAGUGAUUGAGCUCCGAGAGGCCAAAGCUACAAAAAUCUAUGAUGAAAAAUAUUCACAACUGAAGGAGCACAGAAAAAAUGAGCUGACGCUUAACAAACAAGUGUACCAGUGGACUGAGUUUAAAACGGGUCUCCCACAGUGUUCGUGUUUUCAGGAGCCCCUGUCUCUUCCCUCAGUGGUCCGCUUCUCUUUCACUAAAGAUAUGAAUUCAGCUUUCAACAUCUCCACUGCGCUCAGUGAGAUCAAAAUGAAGAAACUGGUGAAAAAACCUGAUCAGUGGGUUCAAGUGGAAGACAUGAAGAGUGCCUUUUGGUCAUCCAGAACCACUAUCUCUGAAUAUGUGCAGCUGCACUGGAUGGAUGAUGAAUUUUUUGGACACCAGCUCCUAAAUGGCCCAAAUCCAAUGAUGCUCCGCCGAUGCUCUGAGCUUCCUCUGAACUUUGCUGUUAAUGACAGUAUGGUGCAGCCUUUUCUAGGGAGUGGAACUUCUCUUACUCUGGAGAUGAAGCAAGGAAACAUAUUCUUAUGUGACUACAAAAGACUGGCAGAUUUACCAACUCAAUUCAUCAAUGGAAAGCAGCAGUAUGUUGCUGCUCCACUGUGUCUGCUGUACAAGAACCAAAUGGGCAAACUUCUGCCUAUUGCUAUUCAGUUGCAGCAACAGGCGUCAGACGACAAUCCAGUUUUCCUGCCUAGCGACUGCGAGUAUGAUUGGCAGCUUGCCAAACUCUAUGUGAGGAAUGCAGACUGUCUUGAGCAUCAAGCAUCUUUCUAUCUGCGCACCCAUCUGUUGGCUGAGACCUUUACAGUGUCAUUACUAAGGAACCUCCCAGCAGUUCACCCAAUACAUAAGUUGCUGAUGCCACACACACGUUAUACCCUCCAGAUAAACACCCUUAUUCGGGACAGACUUCUCGGUCCUGAGGGUGCUGUCACUCAGAAUACCAGUAUUGGAGAUGAAGGGAUGACCGAUCUCAUGAAGAAGGCGCUCUCAGACCUGACCUACAGCUCUCUCUGCCUUCUCGAAGACAUCAGUGACCGAGGUCUGGAAUCUGUUCCCAACUUCUUCUACAGAGACGAUGGGCUUCAGCUCUGGGGCCUCAUAAAUGAUUUUGUAAGGAGCAUGGUGGAGUUUUAUUACCAGAGUGACGGUGAUGUGCAGCGGGACACUGAACUCCAGGACUGGAUCAAGGAGAUCUUCAUUCAUGGGUUUCUUGAGCAGAGCAGCACAGGAAUACCUCAGUGUUUCAGUACAGUGGAGGAGGUCAUUAAAUUUGUAACCAUGGUGAUCUUCACAGUUUCAGCUCAACAUUCUGCCCUCAGAGCAGGACAAUUUGACUAUGGUAGUUGGUUUCCCAACGCCCCUGGCUCUCUAAAAAGACCCCCUCCUACAUCUAAGGGAAGCUCAGACAAAAACACCCUGCUGGACACUCUGCCUGACAUGAACACCUCUGCAUAUCUAGUAUCAGUCUUUUGGCUUUUGAGCAAACCUUCAUCGGAUUUAGUUUCACUUGGGCAAUACCCUGAAGACUACUUUUGCCAGAUGGCUCCCCAGAAAAUGAUCAGAGGUUAUCAAGCAGAGCUGUCCUUUUUGAGUGAGUCUAUCAAAGACAGAAACGCAGGGAUGCAAGUGCCUUACACAUACUUGUGUCCUGAUACGAUCAGCAACAGUGUCAGCAUUUGACAAAGAGCGGUGUGACUCAGGACUACUAAAACAUGUUUUAGUAUUAUUUUAACAUGUUUUAUUUUUUUAACAUGUGGAUGUUAAAGGGUUUGUUAACCCAAAAAUGAAAAUAAUGUCAUUUAUUACUCACCCUCAUGUCGUUCUA